AUGAGGCGGGUGGCGCCGGCGAUGGUCCUCGCCUCCGCCGGCGGCGGAGGCGGCGGGGGCGAGGGAGAGGGGGGCGAGGCGGCGUUCGUGGAGAAGGCGCUGCCGAACGGGGACGUGUACAGCGGCGGGUUCGCGGGCGGCGCGCCGCACGGCAAGGGCAAGUACGUGUGGGCGGACGGGUGCAUGUACGAGGGGGAGUGGCGGCGCGGCAAGGCGUCCGGGAAGGGCCGCUUCUCCUGGCCCUCGGGCGCCACCUUCGAGGGCGAGUUCCGCGGGGGCCGGAUCGAGGGGCAGGGCGUCUUCGUCGGGCCCGACGGCGCCACCUACCGCGGCGCCUGGGCGGCCGACCGCCGCCACGGGGCCGGCGCCAAGAGCUACGCCAACGGGGACUACUACGAGGGCCAGUGGCGCCGCAACAUGCAGGACGGCCACGGCCGCUACGUCUGGGCCGCCGGCAACCAGUACGUCGGGGAGUGGCGCGGCGGCGUCAUCUCGGGGCGCGGCGUGCUGAUCUGGGCCAACGGCAGCCGCUACGACGGCGUGUGGGAGAACGGCGUGCCCAGGGGCACGGGGGUCUUCACCUGGCCCGACGGCAGCCGCUACGUCGGCUCCUGGCCGCGGAGCUGCGUCGACCUGCCGGCCAUAAGCGGCACCUUCUUCCCGCCGGUUGGCGUAGGGGGCGCGGCGCGGAAGAGGUCCUCCGUGGAGGGGAUUGGGGAGAAGGCGGCCGCCGUGCCGCGGAUCUGCAUCUGGGAAUCGGAGGGCGAGGCGGGGGACAUCACCUGCGACAUUGUGGAUGCGCUCGAGGCCUCCAUGCUCUACCGGGAGGCCGCGCCCGCUGGAGGUGCGCCAACGUACAUGCGGACGCAGCGCAGCGCCCGGCGAGGGGCCAACGGAGGCCCGUGCUGGUCCUCGUCGGCCGCUACCACGCCUGAGGGGAAGCGACCUGGGCAGACCAUCUCCAAGGGGCAUAAGAACUACGAGCUCAUGCUGCAGCUGCAAUUGGGCAUCAGGCAUUCGGUGGGGAAAUCUGCUGCGGUGCCGAUGCGGGAGCUUGCACUGGCAGAUUUUGAUCCUAGGGAGAAGUUCUGGACACGGUUCCCUCCUGAGGGGUCAAAAGUCACGCCACCACAUUCCUCCCCAGAUUUCCGGUGGAAGGACUACUGCCCAAUGGUGUUCAGACAUUUGAGGAAGUUGUUUGCUGUUGAUCCGGCGGAUUACAUGCUCGCUAUCUGUGGAAAUGAUGCACUGAGGGAGCUGUCUUCGCCUGGGAAGAGCGGAAGUUUCUUUUACCUCACCCAAGACGACCGUUUCAUGAUUAAAACAGUGAGAAAAUCAGAAGUCAAGUUGCUUAUUCGGAUGCUGCCUAGCUACUUCCAACAUGUUAGUCGAUAUGAUUACUCUCUAAUUACAAGGUUCUAUGGUGUCCACUGUGUAAAGCCCAUCAAUGGACCGAAGGUCCGUUUUAUUGUCAUGGGAAAUUUGUUCUGCUCGGACUAUCAGAUUCAUCGCCGUUUUGAUCUUAAAGGUUCAUCAUAUGGCCGAACGGCAGACAAAUUUGAAGAAGAGAUUGAUGAGACAACUACUCUUAAAGACUUAGAUCUCAACUUUGUAUUUCGGUUGCGGCGGUCUUGGUAUAGAGAUCUCCAUGAGCAACUCCAGAGAGAUUGUGAAUUUUUGGAGUCUGAAGGUAUUAUGGACUACAGCUUCUUGGUGGGAGUUCACUUUUGUGAUGAUGCCUCUGCCUCGAAGAUGGGGUUGUCAACUUUUACCGCUUCUCCAAAGCUAUCAAUGAAGUGCGAGACAUUUCAAGUUGGUGGUGGUGGCAUGCCAGAGCUGUGCUUCUCAGAUAAUGAUUAUGAUAGGAUACCUGACUGCCGGAAGCCAUUGAUUAGGCUGGGUGCGCACAUGCCAGCCCAGGCAGAGCAAGCAUCCAGAAGAAGCGAGUUCGAUCCGUUUCUCCUCAGUGGCGGGGGAUUCCUGGCCCCGAACCAGACCGGCGAGGUGCACGACGUGAUCCUGUAUUUCGGGAUAAUCGACAUUCUCCAGGACUAUGACAUCACCAAAAGGCUGGAGCAUGUUUACAAGUCGUUGCAGACCGACCCAAAUUCGAUAUCUGCCGUGGACCCGAAGCUCUACUCCAAGAGGUUUCAGGAUUUCAUCGGCAGAAUUUUUGUGGAAGAUGGCUAA